GUUUAAUCCUUUAUUUGCUUUUGUAGAACUGGUAUUGCCUUUCGAAGACGAUGGCAGAACAUGCAGCUUGGGAGUAUGCAGAGAAAAAUGGGCUCGAUCUUCUAACUGUUUGCCCGUCAGUGGUUUUAGGACCAUUGCUGCAACCUACAGCGAGCGCUAGCAGCUUGUUUCUAAUCUAUGCUACAAAAGGAGGUCCAGAACCCAUGCCAGACUUCGUCUGGCACAUUGUAGACGUACGAGAUCUUGCCGAUGCAUUGCUUCUAGUAUAUGAGAAGCCAGAAUCAUCUGGAAGAUACAUUUGUGCAGCUCAUCCAAUUAGUAGUCGAGAGUUGGUUGACUUGCUGAAGGGCAUGUAUCCUAACUAUGGUUACCAGAAGAAUAUCGUUGACGUACCACCAAGUGCCCCCCCGACCUCAGAGAAACUAAAGAAGUUGGGUUGGAAAUGCAGGCCUCUAGAAGAAACUCUCACUGAUGCUGUUGAAUGCUACAGAGAGGCGGGUCUUUUGGAUGAACUAGAGGGCCACACUCUUCAUCUUCCUCCUCUCUUCAAAGUUACAUAGAUGGCUGGAACUCGGGUAGCUGCGGAAUAAGGUUUAUCGAUAAACUCGGUAAGUUCUUUUGAGAUGUAACCUGUCAAUAAAAUGGUACUCCCUUUCUCUGUUAUAUGAGGAGGCUGCGUUUGUAUGUUCCGGUAAGUAAAGUGGAGACAAGUGAAACAAGCGUUCAUCAUUUCACCUGGUCUCUUGGUUGCAGGUGCUCUUGUUCUUAGCUGUAAAAGAAACAAGUCUUUUGCUUCUAGAUUGCUCUCGGACUAAAGUUGGAGACCUAUUUAUCUCCACAUGUAAUAAAGGGUGCAAUUGAGAACUUGAUCUGA